AGAGAUAAUCGGGAAAAUACAGCCGCAUGAUUGGACAAACAAAUGUCAUCUGAAAUUUAAUAGAUUCUAUAUAUAUUUAAUUUAUGAAAUUCACCUCUAAAAUUUUCAAUUUAAUCCCAACUCGGUUUAAAGCGUACCAAUACUAAUUAAUUAGCUCGAACUCCAAAUACUUUCUCUCUCCUCUUUAGCAACAUCAAAUACAGUUCGAUUGAAUCGAAGUUAAUACAAGAGUGUUUGAGAUGGCUCAAGCGGUCGAAGAAUGGUAUAAGCAGAUGCCAAUCAUCACUCGAUCUUAUCUUACUGCCGCAAUUGUUACAACAAUUGGAUGUUCUCUUGAUAUUAUUUCCCCGUACAACCUGUACUUGAAUCCACGGCUAGUAAUGAAGCAGUAUCAGUUUUGGCGACUUGUUACAAAUUUCUUGUACUUCCGGAAAAUGGAUUUGGACUUUCUCUUCCACAUGUUCUUUCUCGCGCGAUAUUGCAAACUUCUGGAGGAGAACUCAUUCCGGGGAAGGACUGCAGAUUUCUUUUACAUGCUCUUGUUCGGGGCUACUGUUCUGACUGGAAUUGUUCUUGUUGGAGGAAUGAUACCGUAUGUGUCUGAAUCGUUUGCAAAAAUCAUAUUCUUGAGCAAUUCUUUGACAUUCAUGAUGGUGUAUGUGUGGAGCAAGCAAAAUCCUUUUAUCCACAUGAGCUUCUUGGGCCUCUUUACAUUUACCGCAGCUUAUCUUCCAUGGGUGCUGUUGGGAUUCUCUAUCCUGGUUGGCGCCAGCCCCUGGGUUGACCUUCUGGGAAUGAUUGCUGGACAUGCUUAUUAUUUCCUUGAAGAUGUAUAUCCAAGAAUGACAGGUCGUCGCCCUCUUAAAACUCCGUCCUUUAUUAAGGCGCUGUUCGCUGAUGAGCCUGUUGUGGUAGCACAGCCCGGAAACGUCCGUUUUGCAGCCCCUGCAGCAGACGAGCUUCAUCAAGAUUAAGCCCUUAAAAAACCAAGACUCUAUAGCCUUGUGUUUUCUUGUAAUUAUUUUAUGUGCGGCGAUAGUUGGGGCUGAACACGGUUGUUGCCGUUGCAAGAUUUCAUUUAACUGAUGACUAACUAUAGGCUAAUGUUAAUUAUUGUGACAGUGAUGAUUACUCUUUUGGGAAUGUAGCAUUGUUGCUGUACUGUAAACUUCCAAUUUGGCUUUUUUGCAGUCAAAGGUAAGUCACUGGAUAUUUUCCAUAGUGUAGGCUAGGCCUAUUCUCCGUGCAUUUGUUAAAUUUCCAAUACUUCUUUGGUGCUUAUGCUUUGAGAUACGAGUUACGAGUUUAUUGUGUUUAACACAAUCUUGAAAUGAGAUGUGUGGAUUAAUUUGAA